AUGACCAGCCCAACGCUUCUCGAACGCCUCAACCGAGACGGCUUCGUCCUCGUCCCCAAAGCCUUCACAGGCGAAACCCUCGAAAAACUCCGCCAAGCCGCCUCAGCAGCAACAUCCAACGCCCGCGCCGGCAAAUGGCCCGACGUCCGCACCCUUCCCAAGCAAUUCCCGCCCUGGAAGAUCGACGGGCCAAACCCAGCCGCCGAGGGUAUAUGGGGUGUCCAAGGCGUGAUGCACCCAGACAUGCCGUUCCAAGAGGAGUUCAUCAAGGUCUACUUCUCGGACGCCAUCAUCAAUCCUACUCUGGAGCUUCUCCAAUGCUCAAGAGACGACCUGGUCAUGGAACUCUUCAACCUGCUCGUCCGGCCAGACCAUGACUUUGAGCUGCGCUGGCACAGGGACGACAUUCCACCUACGGCUACUGCCGAGGAAGAACUGGAGCGGUUGAACAAGCCUGCUUUUUCGGCGCAGUGGAAUCUCGCGCUGUACGAGGAUGCGAGUCUGGUCGUGGUGCCGGGGUCGCAUCUCCGCGCGAGGACUGACACGGAGAGGAAUGCUGAUCCGUAUGAGAAGACGCUGCCGGAUCAGUUGGUUGUCAAGAUGGAGCCUGGGGAUAUCGUGUUUUAUAACAAUAAUAUUGUGCAUAGGGGGGUUUACGACGCGACGGUGGAGAGGAUGACGUUGCAUGGGAGUGCUGGACAUGUGGAUGGUGCGAAGUUGAGGGCGAGGAAUGUUUUGCAGCAUGGACUGAGGAAUUGGAUUGAUAGGUUGGAUUUUGGGGUGUUGGACGGCGAGGAGAGGAAGUUGGCAGAGCAUAUGAAGGGGAAUUUGGUCAAGAUGGGACAGGAUGUUGGUGAUGUUGGAUAUUCGCUGUCGGGGUGA